GACCCCGUAUCAAUUGAGGCGUGCACUAGUGGGAGGCGCUGCCUUGACGACUCUGACUGUUCUCGCAGCCUUCGCUUUUUACUUGGUCCAGCGCCACAACUGCGGCCGGUUUGCUUGUUUGUUUUUUGGGAGAAGCUUUUCCAUCAAUGAGUUUCCCACUCAUGGGCUCCACACACACAAAGUAGUGUAUUUUGCCGGCGUGUACGUGUUUGCGGUUCCUGUUUUUUUUGUUUUCGGCGGUGUGCGCCUUUGCACCGCGCUGCCGGUUACUGUUGUAAUGCACGCUAUUCCCGCAAAAACCCGGUCUGGGGGGAUCUUGGGGCCGAUUGGCUGCUUUGGCAAAUUCUCGUUCCUCGAUUCCUGCGGGGCGUGCUCCUUGUGGGGUCAGGGCCGCAGCUGGAAGGCGUUGCCUCGGCGGCGGUGUGUGCUGGAUUUUACUUCUUCCUUUGCGGCAACGGCACUUUUCAUUUUUAUUGGGGGAUGGCCCGACCACCGUCUGGCGCCGCGACACGCCAGUUCGCAAAAAACGCCUCGUCGAAGGGGCCAGUUGCCGGCGGUGUGCCCGAGGCACAGCCCAAUGGGAGGGCGCGAAGAAGGCACGCGAAGGAAUUGGUGGGCCGUGCCGUGGAGUGAGGACGUGCCUUUGCGAUGGGCCCACACCGCACAUUUGUCUUUGCGUGUGUCAGUCUCUCUGCUGGGUGGUUCCUUGUGCUCGGUGCACCGUGAAAUGGAGUGGCUUCGGCAGCUGUGCCGGAAGACCGUUCGAUGA